AUGUCGCAGGGCAAGACCAGCAAGGAAGCUCCCGCGGUCCCCUCAGCAGAGUGCCCUGUAUGUUACGAGCCCUUCCAGUCUCCAAAGGUUUCACGCCGGACACUGAGCUGCGGGCACACCUUUUGCCAUGACUGCCUGGUCAAGUGCCUGCUGGCAUCCCGGGAGGAAGGGCGGUUCCAGAACAGCCUCAUCUGCCCUGUUUGCCGCUUUGUCACCUUUCUGUGCAAGAAGAGGGCGUGUUGGUCCUCCAAGCAAGCUCUGACCCCUCCGUCAUCCCUGGAGUUGCCCCUCUCACCGUCCUCAUUGCCCUGCGGAGUGUCCCCGGGACCAGCAAACACAUUAAUGGUGCCCAGCCAUUUCCUGAUGCCGUCGCACACCUUCCAGAGAAGCCACAGUGUCUAUGGCUGCCCUAGUAGGGACUCAGUGGUGCCACCUGGUGGCUGGGAGCCAGAAUCGCACAUCUUCAUGAUCACCCAAUGUGGAAUGCCGCUGAUUGAAGAGAACUACGUGCCCGGCGCUCAAGACAGCCGCGUGGAAGCUGCGGGAUCAGUGGCAUCCCAGAGGUCUUUAGGCACAGGCUGCUUCCAGUCACCCAUUAUGUUGGCAAUUUUCCUUGUCUCCACUGUUGCUCUGCUGGGGGCUGUGCUCCCCUGGCUACUGCUCGUGAGACAGAACGAAUAA